AUGACCGCCGGUCCUUUGUGGAGUACAGACAGUUCAAAACACUUGUAGACGGGCCCAACAGUCUUGCAGCCAUGACUUGCAUUCACCCCCAGCAUGGAUCUCAGCUGUAUGAGAACAGCCUCGGCAGCUCGGAGCUUCAGACCUCAGACUUUAUCUCUAAGCUGGCUGUGGAUAUGAGCGGCCAGUUCUCUGCUCCCUCCCUGCCCAGCAUCAGCUCCCUGGUGGACACCAACUUUGAUGCUUAUUCAUGUCAGUUCACCGCAGCCCCGGCCCACGCCCCCCCGUCGUCGGGCCAGGAGACCCCCUUCAAGCUGGAUGACCUCCAGGUUUACGGCUGCUACCCCGGAGCCUUCACGCUGAGCUACCCCGACGAGGCUGCGUCCCCUGGUGGGUCAGAUUAUUUUGGCAGCCCCGCGUCGACCUCGUCUCCGUCAACCCCCCGGUUCCAGAGUCAGCAUACGUCCAACUGGGAUUCAGCCUUCGGGCCGUACUCGUCCAGCCCGGGAUACUGGGUGGCAGAGGACACCUCAACACCACAGGAGGCGUCUUUCUUCACUUUUGGCUCGGUGGAAGAUAUUCCUCAUUUGGGUCAGGAUCCUUUCUCUCACCCUCACCCGUCUGCACUGACCUUCCCCGCCCUGGGGAUGGAGCAGGUGCGGAGCCUCGACAGCACCGAGCCGCUGGAUGGGAGCUUAUCACCCAAGUUAAAGAGUCCCGCUGGAAACGAGGGCUGCUGCGCGGUUUGUGGGGACAAGGUCGGAUUGUACAUUCUCGCCAGUUUCUACACAAAAUACGACGCCACGCAUUUCCUGAUCAACACGAGCUCCCUGCUGAGCGUCCUGCUCCCGAAGCUGCCUCUGUUUCACGGAGUACGGAUAUUUGGGAUCAACAAGUACUAA